GAGAGAGAUGCACCUGAUCUCUAGACGAGAGCGAUGAAAAUUGAUGACGAGUUUUGUGCCUCUGGAAAAUAAACCUGUUGCUUCAAUUGACAGGGUAAGGCUGAAAACAUGUUCAACAAGGCUCCCCGUCAAACGAGUUUCCACUCCAACAGUCAGACCCCUGGCCCGGGAGCAUAUAAUCCCAAGGAUCCGAAGAAAAGCGCUUCCCAUGCUCUCCCCUUCGGCAAGCAGCCCGAUCGAUUCAAGCGGGAGGACUCGAGUCUCUCGACGGGCUCAAACUCCACGACGAGCUCGGUUCGCUCCAACUCGCAACAGAUGCGGUCCGGGAGGAUUCAAGAACGUCUGCGAACCUUCGAAGUCCAGAUCCGAGAGCGUGAUCAGAUCAUAUCCAGGCUCAAGAUGGAUAAAUUAGCAGCUCUGUCCCGCUAUCAGGUCUUGGUAGACGCCUACAAGCAACUUAGGAGGGUGUCUGUGCAGUCGAUCCCGUCUCAGAAAUUACCCAAAGACAUCUCGCACGAGAUCAUGAGAAUUCUCCAGGAAGAAAAACAGCAAUCCAAGGAUGAGUCGAGGCCCUCGAUGUGCGAAAAAGACAUCAAAGACCACAUGGCGACUUUCAUUGUUGAAAUGGAACAGGUCGAUGAUCCGAGGCUGAGUGCACUGGAGAAGGAAAAAGCAGCUCUCGGAGCCGAGCUCGAAGAGACGAAGAAACGCGUGGAGAAGCUCGACGAAGAAAAUCAGAACCUCAAGAAAGAAGUCGGGGAGAGCGCGUACAGGAUAGGCCAAUUGACUGGGUCGCUCCGAGCUUCUGAAGCCAAAGACUCCGAAAUCAAGAGUCUCACGCUCCAACUGCAACGAGCCAACGCGCUCGUGGACAGCAUGAACAGCAACGCUUCAACACGAGAUGACAAGCUUUUCGCGACUCUGAAAGAACUCGGUGACGUGAAAGCUACGCAGGCCGCUCUGGAGAACACAGUCGCCCAGCAAGCGAAGAAACUGGAAGAAAACCAAGCAAAAUACGAACGCAACAGCGAGGGUCUCAAGGUUCAGCUCGAGUCUAAAGCGAACGAGGUCAGAGAACUCGAGCAGAGGCUGACACAGCUGACGGUAGCACUCCGCGCGAGUCAGGACGAGAGAGAAGGACUCGCGCGGGAGUUGAGCAAUACCGCUGAGCACUUGGAAAAAAUCAUACAGGAAAAGGGAAGCCUCGCCCUCAAGUCCAACUCGGUGGAAGGAGAACUCAAUAGUCUGAAACAGAAGUGCAGAGACCGCAAAGCGGAGCUGUCAGCCGCGGAAGACAGACUGAAUCAGGAGAGGAGCAGGAGCGAAGAGCUGUCCAACCAAUUGAACUUAUCACGGAUAGAAUUGGAAGAACUCCGGAAAGAAGUACACAGAAGGGAGCUGGAAGCAGCCUCGGAAAGACAGACCCUACAGAAUCAGCUCACUCAGAGCCAGGAGAACUUCGAGCGGCAAAUCGAUGAAGCGCGAAAAAUGCACGAGAUUCUCGAAGGCCACAGAGCCGAAACCGAGGCUGAAUUAAAGUUGGCCAUUAAUCGUAUGAGAACUCUCGAGAAUCAAGUUCAGGAACGCGAUGAAUUACUCUCCGCGGCCCAAUUAGAGAAAGAGUCUCUCCGAGGAAAAGUUUCCCAGUCAGAAUCUCUGAAGGGCGACUUGGAAGAAAGACUGAGUCGGGCUGAGGUGCGAUGCGCUGAAUUGGAGCAAGUGUCCCGAACUAAUGAGGACACGGCGCAGAAGGUUCAGGAUGAGCUCACGAAACUCAUGACUCAGUUCGUGGACAUGGAGCUAUUGAACAACGCGAAAGAGGCUGAAGUGAAAUCUCUCCAGAUGGAAAUUUCCGAGCUGAAGGAACUCAAUUCAGAGAUGAAUGAUUCACUUCGAAGAGCUAUGGAUGAGACCGCCGCUGAGCGGGAGAAGCUCCGCGCUUUGGAAAAUGAGACGUCUUCGAUCAAACUUCUCCAUUUGGCCACCACCGCCGAACUCGAAGAGACGAAAAUCGCUCUCAGGAAUGCCAGUGAUGAUUCCACAAAAGUGGAUGCUUUAAAAUUGGAUCUCGCCACCGUAGAAGCUGAGAAGGCCCGUCUCACGGCUCUCGUGAAAAGUCUCGAAGAGCAAGUCGAGAGCUGGGUGCGAGUUCGAGAUUCGUUGACGAAACAACUCAACGAAAGCGAGCAGAGAUAUCAAGAAGCCAUGGACGCCCAUAUGUCUCAAAUGAAGCUCCGCGAAAACAACAUCAAGAUCCUCGAAGAGCAUCUCAGUUCAGUUAAGGGAGCACACGAGGACGAACUGAACAGCUUGAAGAAAAAUUCCGAACAGGACAGAGAGAGACUCAGCCGAGCGUCAGCUGAUCAUCUGCGCGAAGUUCAGGAGAAGUUCUCUGCAGAAAAAUCCGAGCUCCUGGAAACCAUGGAGAAAAUCAAGAUUGAAAACGAGCUCCUCAAGAGCGAAACAGCUUCCCUCAUCGAUGCCAAAGCAUCAUUCAGUCUGCAGCUGCAGGCGAAGGAGUCAGAAGUUCUGCAUCUUCGGAAUAAGGCGGCCGAGGCAGACUUCUACGGGAGCAAGUGCCGUGAACUCGAGAACCAGUCUCUGCAGAUGCGGGAGAACAUCGCCAUCCUACACGAAGACGUGCAGGCCACGAGACAAGAGCUCAUUGAGGUCCAACAAGCUUUGGAGAACGCGAAUCGCGCGAACGAAGCCCACGCCAUGUUCACCUUGGCUGUCAUCAACUCGGGCUCGGGAGGCCAGCAGGUUGAAGCUCUUCAGACCGAGAACGAGAACCUCAGACAUCAGUUGUCGACACUCAAUGAGCUCAUGGACAGGCUCGAAACCGGAAUCGAAACCUCAGAAGCGAAGAAUUCCGUGUACGUGAAGUCGUGUGCUCAAAUGCAGGAGCAAAUCCAACGGCUCGUGGGUCACAGCAACAACAAGCAGCGUAUCCAGUACGUGGGUAAACUGCAAACGGAGAAUCGAGAACUGAAAGAAGAGCAAGCUAAGCUGCGGAGCAAAGUUGAUGCUAUGCAGAAAAAAGUGUCGCAGAUGGAAACACAAUUACGCAAACAGAAGGACAAAGAAAAUCGUCUGGACACCAUGGCCGGAAACACCAUGUCCGUGACGCAGAGCAGAUAUUAUUGAACCGAGUUUCAAGACACAUAUCCGAUUCAGAGAUUUAGUUCAUAGACGGAAUACGCAGUCAGAGAGAGGGUUCGACGGGCUCAAAUUUUUGUACAUAAUAUGGUGGGAAUUCCCAGCUCGCUGAAUCGAGAGUUUCGAUAUCGCGAAACCGCAUUAUCUCACUAUCGAAUGACCGUAUGGUGAAUGGUGACGAAAGUUUGCUAUGUGACCUUCUCAAUGGAAAAGCUUGAUAACAGUUUCAUCAGAGAGAAAAUAGACUUUGUCAAAAAACCGGGA